CAGCCUAGCCACAAGUCAAACCGUCCCUGCCUAUAUAAAGUCCCAAGCUUUAGCUUGCUUCCGUGAUCAGAGCUAUACUAGGUUCGCCCAGCACCUUGAUCGUCGCAGGCUUGCAAUCACACUGUUGUAUUUCCAGUGAAAUUGUUCCUACCACUGAAUCCUAAGCUUGACCUCAUGGAUUCCAAGCAGCUCGCUCUCCGGCGGCCGAUCACCUCCAGGAGAAGCGGCAGCGUCGGCGGCGAGGUGGCCGCGGCGAUGGAGCGGUCGAGCCUGGCGACCGCGUCGUUCCGGGUGUACUACACCCUGCGCCCCGGCGCCGUGCCGUUCCUGUGGGAGUCCACGCCCGGCACGCCCAAGAGCGCCGCCGCCACGGCUGCCGUCGCGCCCGGCGGCACGCCCAAGAGCGCCGCGGCCACGGCUUCCGUCGCGCCCGCCGACGAGAUGGCCGCAGGCAUCGAUGCUGCUGAGCUCCCGCCGAUAUCGCCGCCGCCGUCGUACCACUCGUCCCAGCUGAAGAAGGGGAGGUGCCGCGCGAGGUCGCCGUGCCCGCCGGCGGGCCGCGUCCUGAGGGCCCUGCUCGCCGCGCUCGGCGUCAGGAGGAGGACGCGUCGGGGUCCAGCCUCGCAGCUUUGAGCUGAUGCACGCGUCGUUUCCCGCGCUUACGAGAAUCAGAACUCUGAAUUGCUCUUACGAGAAUCAGAAAUCUGAAUUGCUUACGUAAGUAGUACGGAGUAACAUGUUUGUUUAAUUAAGGUGAUGAAUUAGCUCGGUGAUCGAGUGUGUUUGGUUGCACGCGAUGAUCUUGAACCUAUUUACUUGUAUGAUUCACUUCCAGUAAAAUAAUUUCAUUCAACCAAAUAAAAGGAUCAU